AUGGAUGAAGAGAGCCUGGAAGCAGCCAUUCAGACCUACAAUGCCCAGCUGCAGCAAGUGGAGCUGGCUUUAGGGGCAGGCCUGGACCCAUCGCAGCAGUCGGACUUGAUUCAGUUGCAGGAAGAUUUAAAGCAGCUGAUAGAACUGACUGAAUCCAGCCUGGUGGCUGUUAAAAAGAGCAAACUUCUGGCUACUUUAGACACAGGCGCCUCCUCCUCCACGUCCCCAGUAGGUCUGGAGCGGGAUGUCAACCGAGACGGUGCUGCCCAAGACGAGGAGUAUGCGGCUUUUAAGGAAGCUAUCGCUGAGCUUGGAACUGAUGAGAGACCUUCAGUGAAUAACGAUGAGAUAUCAUCAAAGGGAGAUGAAGAAACUGCUGACAAAAAUGAACCAAAGUAUAGUGAAGAGGAGGAGUCUGACAGAGAAGAGGAGGAGGAAUUGAGUGGGAUGAAGGUUAAAGCCCCCUACUACAGUUCUUGGGGGACCCUGGAGUACCAUAAUGCCAUGAUUGUGGGGACAGAGGACUUGGAGGACGGCAGUGCAGGCGUCAGAGUGCUGUAUCUCUAUCCAACUCACAAGUCUCUGAAGCCGUGCCCAUUCUUCUUGGAUGACAAGUGCAGAUUCAAAGAGAACUGUCGGUUCUCGCACGGUCAGGUGGUCUCCGUGGAAGAGCUUCAGCCGUUUCAGGAGCCCGAUCUGAGCGCGCUGGCGGUGGGCUCGGCCUGCCUGGCGAAACACAGCGACGGAAUAUGGUACACUGCAAAAAUCACCGACAUCGACAGUGGUUACUACACUGUGAAAUUUGAUUCCCUGCUGCUCAAGGAAGCUGUUGUGGAGGGAGAUAGUGUCAUUCCCCCGCUGCGACGCGAAGACGGUGCCGAAUCUGCCGCGUCCGAUGAAGACAGUGUGGAUGACUCCGGUUACGCCAAAGUGAUAGAUUCGGGAGUUCCAGAGAACGGGGAAUGGACUCCUGCGUGCAGUUCCUCUUUCGGUGGCUGGGAAGCCCAUACUCGUGGUAUCGGCUCCAAACUGCUCGUUCGGAUGGGAUACGAGUUCGGAAAAGGGUUAGGGAAGAAUUCUGAGGGCCGAGUGGAGCCAGUGCAGGCUGUGGUACUUCCUCGGGGGAAGUCCCUCGACCAGUGUGCUGAGGUGCUUCAGAAGAAGAAACAGGGGAAGUUGGACCCAGGCAAAUCGAGGAAGUGCCGAGCAAAGGGAAACGGCUCGGGGCAGUCCCGCGCGGGCAGCCGUAAGCCUCACCACAACGUGUUUGACUUUUUGAAUGAGAAACUGCGAGGGAAGAGCACUGGGGAGAAGGCUGGAGGGGUGGCACUGCCGCAGAGGAACAGCAAAGAGAUCUACCAUGCUAGCAAGAGCACCAAGAAGGCCUUGAGUGUCCGCCUCUUCCAGACGAUGGAGAAGAUUGAACAAACGCAGAAGGAUAUCAUAGGAAUCCAGCAGGCCCUGGAACGCAACAUUGGGCGGCACAGCGUUGCUACAGCUCAGCUGGAGGAGAAGCUGGCUAACGCACACAAACAGCUGGGGCAGCUGAAAGCCCAGGAAGCCAGUCUGCAGCGGGAGCAGAAGAAAGCAGAAACACAUAAGAAGAUGACUGAGUUCUAGUCUCUGAGGAAGGCGUUUGACUGCAGUGACUGUCCUGCUAGCCAGCCCCGGUGCUCGUGGCCUCGGAGCCUGGGAGAGCCAUCCUGUUCCUGCAGGCCUCAGGCUGCCCAGCCUGCGAACUGGGCUGAAAAGCAGCAGUUUCUGAAACCAGA